GAAUCGAGAGCCAGCGUGUUGUUGCACUCAGGCAGCCGAAUCGGGGAUUUGGAAUCGCAGCGCCGCCGAGGCUGUGCGCUCGCAGAAUGGAACUGAGAAUAAUUACAGAUGCAUUGUAGCCAGAACCCAGAAUCAUCCAACAAGCCGAAAAUUCACUGGAUAGACCUCAGCCGAGCGAUGGUAUCCCCGCGCUGAAGAGAGCGGCGGGGGCUAGAAGAAAACGGGAGAAAUAUGGGCGCCGUUCUGCGGAGUCUGUUGUGGUGUAGUUUUUGUUCGCUGAUACGAGGUACCCCCCUGCUCCUGUACGCAAACCGGCGGGACCUGCGAUUGGUGGAUGCGGCUCAGGGGCGGGGCAACGCCACGGUGCUGGUGAGCGGAUUGGAGGACGCGGCGGCGGUGGACUACGUGUUCGCCCAGGGGCUGAUCUACUGGAGCGACGUCAGCGAGGAGGCCAUCAAGCGCACCGCCUUCAACCACACCGCCGGGGGGCCCGGGGGGGCCCAGACCGUGGUGGUCUCCGGCCUGCACUCGCCCGACGGCCUGGCCUGCGAUUGGCUGGGCCUCAAGCUCUACUGGACCGACUCGGAGACCAACCGCAUCGAGGUGUCGGAGCUGGACGGGUCUCUCCGGAAGGUUCUGUUCUGGCAGGACCUGGACCAGCCGCGCGCCAUUGCCCUGGACCCGGCCAGAGGGUACAUGUACUGGACGGACUGGGGUGAGGUGCCGAAGAUCGAGCGCGCAGGGAUGGAUGGGGCGAGCCGCUCGAUCAUUGUGGACAGUGGCAUUUACUGGCCCAACGGCCUGACGCUGGACUACAGCAAGCAGAAGCUCUACUGGGCCGACGCCAAGUUCAGUGUCAUCCACCGGGCCAAUCUGGACGGCAGCGACAGGGAGGUGGUGGUGAAGGGCUCUCUGCCUCACCCGUUUGCUCUGACGCUGUACGAGGACACGCUGUUCUGGACGGACUGGAACACGCACUCCAUCCACUCCUGCGACAAGGUGACGGGGGAGGGGCGUCGGGAGGUCCACACCAACAUCUUCUCCCCCAUGGACAUCCACGUCUUCAGCCCGCAGAGACAGGCCCAGGAGCCCAGCCCCUGCCUGGUGAAGAAUGGGGGGUGCUCACACCUGUGCCUGCUGUCCCCGCUGAAGCCCUUCUUCCAGUGUGCCUGUCCCACCGGCGUCCAGCUGCUCCACGACCACAAGACCUGCAGAGACGGCGCCACACAGCUGCUGCUCCUGGCGCGGCGCACGGACCUGCGCAGGAUCUCUCUGGACACGCCCGACUUCACCGACAUCGUGCUGAAGGCCGAGGACAUCCGGCACGCCAUCGCCAUCGACUACGACCCGCUGGAGGGGCUGGUGUACUGGACGGACGACGAGGUGCGCGCCAUCCGCCGCUCCCGGCUGGACGGCAGCGGCAGCCAGCUGCUGGUCAGCUCCCAGGUCAGCCACCCCGACGGCAUCGCCGUGGACUGGGUCGCCCGCAACCUGUACUGGACCGACACCGGCACCGACCGCAUCGAGGUGACCCGCCUCAACGGCACCAUGAGGAAGAUCCUCAUCUCCGAAGACCUGGACGAGCCCCGGGCCAUCGUGCUGGACCCCGUGGCAGGCUACAUGUACUGGACGGACUGGGGCGAGAUCCCGAAGAUCGAGCGCGCCACUCUGGACGGGACGGAGCGCGUGGUCAUGGUGAACACGUCUCUGGGCUGGCCCAACGGCCUGGCUCUGGACUACGCUGAGAGCAAGAUCUACUGGGGAGACGCCAAGACCGACAAGAUAGAGGUGAUGAACAUGGACGGGUCGGGCCGCAGGGCCCUGGUGGAGGACAAGCUGCCGCACAUCUUCGGCUUCACGCUGCUGGGGGACUUUGUGUACUGGACCGACUGGCAGCGGCGCAGCAUCGAGCGCGUGCACAAGCACUCGGCCGAGCGCGAGGUCAUCAUCGACCAGCUGCCCGACCUCAUGGGCCUCAAGGCCACCUACGUGCACCAGACCUUCGGCACGAACCCGUGUGCGGAGAACAACGGGGGCUGCAGCCACCUGUGCCUGUUCCGGCCGCAGGGCGUGCAGUGCGCCUGCCCCAUCGGCCUGGAGCUGAUCGGGGACCUGAGCACCUGCAUCGUGCCUGAGGCCUUCCUGCUCUUCUCCCGACACACCGACAUCCGCCGCAUCUCCCUGGAGACCAACAACAACAACGUGGCCAUCCCGCUGACCGGCGUCAAGGAGGCCUCCGCCCUCGACUUCGACGUGACCGACAACCGCAUUUACUGGACCGACAUCACGCUGAAGACCAUCAGCAGGGCCUUCAUGAACGGCAGUGCCCUGGAGCACGUGGUGGAGUUUGGGCUGGAUUACCCAGAAGGUAUGGCGGUGGACUGGCUGGGGAAGAACCUGUACUGGGCGGACACGGGGACCAAUCGCAUCGAGGUGGCCAAGCUGGACGGGCAGCACCGACAGGUUCUGGUGUGGAAGGACCUGGACAGCCCCCGGGCGCUGGCCCUGGACCCGGCCGAGGGCUUCAUGUACUGGACGGAGUGGGGGGGAAAGCCCAAAAUCGACCGGGCAGCCAUGGACGGGACCGGGCGCAUCACCCUGGUGCCCAACGUGGGCCGGGCCAACGGCCUCACCAUCGACUACACCGAGCGCAGACUCUACUGGACCGACCUGGACACCACGCUCAUCGAGUCCUCCAACAUGCUGGGCCAGGAGAGGGAGGUGAUCGCAGACGACCUGCCCCACCCCUUCGGCCUGACCCAGUACCAGGACUACAUCUACUGGACGGACUGGAGCCAGCGCAGCAUCGAGCGGGCCAACAAGACGAGCGGGCAGAACCGCACCGUGAUCCAGGGCCACCUGGACUACGUGAUGGACAUCCUGGUCUUCCACUCGUCCCGCCAGGGAGGCUGGAACGCCUGCGCCUCCACCAAUGGGCACUGCUCGCACCUCUGCCUCGCCGUGCCAAUCAGCAGCUACGUCUGCGGAUGCCCCGCCCACUACUCCCUCAACUCCGACAACAAGACCUGCAGCGCCCCCACGUCGUUCCUGCUGUUCAGCCAGAAGACGGCCAUUAACCGCAUGGUGAUCGACGAGCAGCAGAGCCCCGACAUCAUCCUGCCCAUCCACAGCCUGCGGAACGUGCGAGCCAUCGACUACCACCCGCUGGACCAGCACCUGUACUGGAUCGACACCAAGCAGAGCGCCAUCCGCCGCGCGCAGGAGCACGGCAACCAGAGUAUGACGGUGGUCUCCAGCACCGCCGGCAGCCUGGGGCUGCAGCCCUAUGACCUCAGCAUCGACAUCUACAGCCGCUACAUCUACUGGACCAGCGAGGCCACCAACGUCAUCAACGUCACCCGCACCGACGGGCAGAGAGUGGGCGUGGUGCUGCGCGGAGAACACGACAAGCCCCGCGCCAUCGUGGUGAACCCUGAGAGAGGGUACAUGUACUUCACCAACCUGCAGGAGCGCUCGCCCAAGAUCGAGCGGGCGGCGCUGGACGGCACGGAGAGGGAGGUUCUGUUCUUCAGCGGCCUGGGCAAGCCCGUCGCUCUCGCCAUCGACAACCAGGUGGACAAGCUGUUCUGGGUCGACUCGGACCUGCGCCGCAUCGAGAGCAGCGACCUCUCCGGAGCCAAUCGGAUCGUCAUCGAGGACUCCAACAUCCUGCAGCCCGUGGGCCUGACCGUGUUUGGGAACCACCUGUACUGGAUCGACCGGCAGCAGCAGAUGAUCGAGCGCAUCGAUAAGACCACGCGGGAGGGCCGCACCAAGAUCCAGGCCCGCAUCGCCUCCCUCAGCGACAUCCACGCCGUGCGCCAGAUCGACAUGGCCGACUACAAUAAGCAUCCCUGCACCUCGGAUAAUGGCGGCUGCUCUCACAUCUGCAUCGUGAAGGGCGACGGCACCACGCGCUGCUCCUGCCCCGUGCACCUGGUGCUGCUGCAGGAUGAGCUCUCCUGUGGAGAGCCCCCGACGUGCUCUCCGGAGCAGUUCUCCUGCUCCUCCGGGGAGGUGGACUGCAUCCCGCAGGCGUGGCGCUGUGACGGGUACCCGGAGUGUGACGACGCCAGUGACGAGCGGGCCUGUCCCGUGUGCUCCUUCUCCGAGUUCCAGUGCGACAGCCGGCAGUGUGUGGACCUGGCGCUGCGCUGCAACGGCGAGGUCAACUGCCAGGACCGCUCCGACGAGAACAAGUGCGAAGUUCGGUGCCCGGCUGACCAGUUCAGGUGCGCAAAUGGACAGUGCAUCGGGAAACACAAGAAGUGCGACCACAACACGGACUGCUCGGACAACUCUGACGAACUGGGCUGCUACGCCACCGAGUCGCCCCCGCCCCCGCCCACCAACACCAUCGGCUCCAUCAUCGGCGUGAUCCUGGCGCUGUUCGUGGUGGGUGCCAUGUACUUCGUGUGCCAGCGCGUGCUCUGCCCGCACAUGAAGGACGAGGGCGAGACCAUGACCAACGACUUCGUGGUGCACGGCCCCUCCUCCGUGCCCCUGGGUUACGUGCCACACCCCAGCUCCCUCUCGGGCUCCCUGCCAGGCAUGUCCCGCGGGAAGUCUGUCAUCGGCUCCCUGAGCAUCAUGGGAGGGAGCAGCGGCCCCCCCUACGACCGCGCCCACGUCACCGGGGCCUCCUCCAGCAGCUCCUCCUCCACCAAGGGCACGUACUUCCCCCCGAUCCUGAACCCGCCCCCCUCCCCGGCCACGGAGCGGUCCCACUACACCAUGGAGUUCGGCUAUUCCUCAAACAGCCCCUCCACCCACCGCUCCUACAGCUACCGGCCGUACAGCUACCGGCACUUUGCCCCGCCCACCACGCCGUGCAGCACGGACGUGUGCGACAGCGACUACACGCCCGGCCGCCGCGUGACGCCCGCCGUCGCCAAGGGUUACGCCAGCGACCUGAACUACGACUCAGAGCCCUUCCCCCCGCCCCCCACGCCCCGCAGCCAGUACCUGUCUGCAGAGGAGAACUGUGAGAGCUGCCCCCCUUCACCCUUCACGGAGCGCAGCUACGCCCACCACCUGUACCCGCCCCCGCCCUCCCCCUGCACGGACUCCUCCUGAGCCCCGCUCCCUGUAAAUACCAGCUGUGCAUAUUACACGUUUCAACACCAGAGAGAGACACCUUUCAGAGGAGGGUGCGCGGGGAUUUUGUACAGUAUGAAAAGUUCUAAAGUAUAAGAGCUGGGGCAGGGAAUGGCUGCAGAACAUUUGUACAGUUUAAAGAAAAAAAAAUAUUUAUAUAUUUUCUAUACCACAUCUUCUGGUUGUGCCAUAGAAGUUUGUAUUAAAAAAGAAAUUUGUACAUUUUUAAAGAAGAAGAAAAAAAAAAAGUUUUAUGGAAUCAUCACAAACGAAAAUGACAUUGCCUUAACCCAGGAGAUAAAACAACUACCUUCAUGAGGGGGCGGGGGAGGAGGAGGAGGAGGAGGAGGAAAGGGACCGCUAUCCGAUGCCAAAAACAGUCUGCCGUGCGUGUGGAAGGAGGGGCGAUGGGGCAGGGCCAGCCGUGACGGACAGGCACCAUUCACCAAUGAGCUCUCGGCUCCGCCCCCUCCCUGUCCGUCCGUCAGUCAGCCCAGGAGCCUCCCCUGCGAGGGGAGAGGGAUGCACACUUUAUUUUAUCUUUUUAAACCUUGUGUUGGGAUGGUCCGUUCGGCUGGAGUGGAGGUGAAAGGAAGAGGUGGUGUUGAGCCCUGGAGCUGAUGGAGCUGAUGGAGCUGAUGGAGCUGAUGGUGCUGAUGGAGCUGAUGGAGCUGAUGGAGCUGAUGGAGCUGAGGGAGUUGAUGGAGCUGAUGGAGGUGAUGGAGCUGAUGGUGCUGUGCAGGACUGCAGGAUGCCUGUGACAGCGGGCCUCUGAAGCAAUAAGGGAUGGGAGAGGUUUCAUCAGCAUUAACCACUCCACCGCCAACACAACAGACAUGCGCGCGCACACACACACACACACACACACACACACACACACACACACACACACACACACACACACACACACACACACAAGUGUGCGCAGACAGACACACACAGACGCACACACACAGACGUACACACUCGCAGACACACACACACACAAGUGUGCGCAGACAUACACACACACACAGACGUACACACUCGCAGACACACGUACAGACACACAGACGUACACACUCGCAGACACACACACACACAAGUGUGCGCAGACAGACACACACACACAGACGCACACACACAGACGUACACACUCGCAGACACACGUACAGACACACAGACAUACACACUCGCAGACACACACACAUUAUUUCCCUGUUUACAGUGAGACCCUGAGCUGCUGCCCACAGCAGGAGUGUCUCUACGGUACAGGAGUGUGGGGCUGGGGCAUGACCCCCCACUCCCCCACCAGCACAAGACCUCAGCCUGUCACAGCCCCCCCGACCCCCCCGUCCUGGGACACACAGCACGCACCCCGCGGCGGACUCUUCAGUCACAUGACCCAGCACCGCCCCUCUGACACACCCACUGCACCCUCGGUACGCUUAGAGCAGUUAACCAAAACGGAUUUUAAACAAAAUCCUUUUCUCCUCUUUUCUAAUGCCAGACUGCAACUGUGGACUAGACUAGUCUGUGUGGAGGAACCAAGACCCAAAGUAUCGCUGCAUCUCGUCACCCCCGUUCUGCCACAGGCAGUCCCUGCUGCUGUCCCUGUCGGAGGGCAGAGGACUGCACUCAACCAAGGACAAGCUAUCGUGCCUGACCCCUUUUAAAACUGUUUUUAAUCACAUUUUUAAAUCCAGUGCCCGCAAAAUAUUUUCAAUAUUUUUGUACCAUGUAUUGUGUAGAUAUCAUAUUUAUAAGCUAUAAGAAAAUCUUGUAUUAGUUUACUGUAAAUCUAACGGUUAUGUCCUUGCAGUACUUCUCCCUGUGUGUUCUUACGGUAUACGCCUUGUGCUGUUUUUCUAUUGCGUUUGUCUCAAAGUAUGAAGACAAUCUUAAGACCGACAAUUUGAGAGGAAAAAAUAGAUAUCCAGGUAUCCUCGCUUUAUGUUCUGUCGACACAAUAAUCACCCGUAACGUUUCUUUGAUUGAGAAAUAUUUUAUACUCCGUUUGUGUGUGCUGUUCUUUUCUACACACUUCAGUGCCAAAUAAGAAUUUGCUGAAUUCGAAGCGAAGGUCACUAAUUCUCUCAGUCUGUUUCUUUUUUUUUCUUUUCUUUUUUUCUUUUUUUGCAUUUCUACAGUCCUGCUCAAAUACUUUUUUGCAGCUAGACCUGGGACAUAAGACAAAAUCCCUGCAAUCACUUUUUUUCAGGUGACUGGUAGUUUUGUAAAGUAAAUUUGCUUUCGUGAAAUGGCAGGUUGCUAGAAUUGGCACUAAAUGAUAUGUGAUCUUAUCCUCCACUUAUGGAGGAAGGGACAUUAUCAGGUCCAUUCUCCUCACGUGAAUUACAGAGUAUAAUUUCAAUUUGGCUAAACUGCCUGGCAUUGUAAGAAAAUGAAUUACUCCUUAGAAAUCAGUCGGUUAUUUCAUACGCUUUCCAAACGCACUCACACGUUGCCAGAUGGAGGGUACUCCAAUACUUUGUGGGCCAGGAAACUGACAUGGUUAGACUUCGUGGCCAAUGCGUUUUAAUAGUUUACUGUGACUGUGUAUCAUGUCCUUGUCCUAGGAGAUGGACUGUACCUUUCUCCAAGUCUUCACCCGUUUGGACAGCUACACUUUCAGGGUGCUGCGUUUCUGCGUGUGAUUAUUCACACAGAACGUGCUUGAUCUCUCCCUCCCAGGACAAGAGCUAUAAAAUAACACUACAGUCACCUUUCACCUUGCAGUCAAAGUAGGGACCCUGGGUUUAUUCUGUGGCACCUGAUCACACACCAGCAUAAACGUUGGGACUGGUUCAGUCCUCUUCCUUUACGUGUCUUUCUGUUUGUUUUUCUCCUCUUUCACUCAAACACAUACCUCAGAGUCAGAUUAUUGCGGUCUACAAGUGUAUCCUCUCUCACACCAUGUUGAUGUAAAAUUGUUCAGCCUUAACCCCCCCCCCCCCCCCCCCUGCAUAUGAGAAUAUUGCAGCUGUUGCAGUUCCCGUCUGCUGUAAUCACUGACUGCCAAUCACACCACUGCACUGCGCAGCGACUGCCAAUCACACCACUGCUCUGCGCAGCGACUGCCAAUCACACCACUGCACUGCGCAGCGACUGCCAAUCACACCACUGCUCUGCGCAGCUCGUGGGGCUAAAUCACUGCAGCCCCUGACGGCAGGCGACGGCUCCACUGUGGGACUUGUCCAGACUCCUCCUGACCCGUAGGGGCGCUGUGGCUCUGCUGCCUGCUGUGACACACAUGGCAGCUCGCUCUGUGUGAAGUCAUUGGUUGUGUGGGGUUUUGCCAGCACAGCUGAACAGAAUUCACUGCCGUCUGACUUCGUCCUUCGUACAUUUUUCGGCGUCCCUUUAACCGCGUGCGGCCCUCCCCUGGGCGGCGGGUGGCUCCCAUGUCCCCUCUCAUGUGCAGCCACCUGUGGGCGAAACCAGCGUCUGAGCUGACGUUUUAAUUCUUGAUUGCACUUUAUGGUACUUUUGCUAGUUAUCGGUAUAACAAAUGUUACGCAGUUGGGAAAAAAAAAAUCAUUAUCCAAAACUACUUCUCAGCACAUUUCCUUGCUAUGUUGUAGAUUGUGUGAUUGUGUGUGUGUGUGUGUGUGUGUGUGUGUGUGUGUGUGUGUGUGUGUGUGAGAGAGAGAGAGAGAGAGAGAGAGAGAGAAUGCGAGUCAUUUUUCAUCUUGGCAUUUUGCACAAGUGCCAAGUUCUAACCUUUUGAAAUGAUUUGGAUAGAAAAGGUAUGACUAGUGUGGAAUGCUCAGAUUAACUGUAGUCUAAGUGGUACAAAGUAAGUUUAUAACAGGAAACCAAAGGAACAGAAGUUUCAUUGGCUGCAACAGCAUGGGAAAUUGGACAAACACACUCUGUUACACAGAUUCUCACUCAUAGUUCACAUUGUUCUCAUUCAAAAUACUGGAAAUAAUGGAAUGCUCUCAUUUUUUUUAACAGCUAAUUGGUUUUGCUAGUUGUGAUGUAAUGUUUUACUUUAAACGUUGCUUUUGUGAGGCAGACCGAUAUAGUAGACUGCUAAUAUGGAAAUAAAAUGUAUUUUUAGUGAGCCUUCAGCCUGUGUUUGACCGAGGAGAGAAUAUGGGGGUUGAUGGAUGGGAUUACUAUGGGUAGUUGGUAAAAGCACUUUUUGCUCCAGAGUCCUGGAGAACUAAGAUGGGGGUAGGGGAUGGGGAAAUGGUCUUGUAAACUGUAGGUUUUUUUGUUUCUUUUUGUUUUUUCAUCCAUUUUGAUAUCAUGGUGCUUGGCAAGGAUGUAUUCAAGAUGACCAACAUUUGGUUAGUCAUGUCCAUUUUUCCCCACUAACUCUACUUUUUGUAAAUGGAUUGCUUUACAUGUAAAACGGUGUAUAAAACAGACCUGUACAGCCCAUUCAAUAACUAUUAUAAGCUGUUGUAACAAAUGAAAUGUUGAUUUUUAUAAUAAAAAUGAGUGAAAUUUUAA